AUGCAGUGGCUAUUGCCCAAGACAAACGGAGCAACGGUGAUUGGAAUUGGAAAUAAAUGGAAACUAGGGUUUGGGGAGUGUAUUCGUACUGUGGUGACGAGCUGCAGAGCAGUGCUGUUGCCGCGAUUCGGGGGGCCGGAGGUGCUGGAGCUCCGAGAUAAUGUUAAGGUGCCUGAUCUCAAGCCCAAUGAGGUCCUUGUUCGCGCUCGUGCUGUUUCCAUCAAUCCCCUCGAUACCAGAAUGCGAUCUGGUUAUGGUCGUUCGUUAUUUGAACCACUUUUGCCAUUGGUUUUGGGCCGUGAUAUUAGUGGUGAAGUUGCUGCUGUUGGAGGGUCUGUCCGCUCAUUCAGUGUUGGUCAGGAAGUGUUUGGUGCACUGCAUCCAACUGCCGUGAGGGGUACUUAUGCUGACUAUGCUGUACUUGCAGAAGAUGAACUAACUUCAAAGCCAGCUUCAAUUUCACAUGUGGAAGCAAGUGCCAUUCCUUUUGCUGCCUUGACUGCUUGGCGUGCACUAAGAAGUACCGCAAGAAUUAAAAAGGGGCAACGAGUAUUAGUGGUGGGUGGUGGAGGAGCUGUAGGUUUUUCUGCAAUUCAGCUCUCUGUGGCUGCGGGGUGCUAUGUUUCAACCACAUGUGGAGGCGAAAGUGUAGAUCGUCUCUUAGUAGCUGGUGCCGAGCAGGCUGUGGACUAUACAACUGAGGAUUAUGAAGUAGCAAUAAAAGGGUAUUUUGAUGCUGUUUUGGACACAAUUGGUGUACCUGAGACAGAAAGAAUAGGUAUCAAUCUUUUGAAGAGAGGUGGGCAUUACAUGACAUUGCAGGGGGAGGCUGCAUCCUUGACGGAUAGAUAUGGACUAGCAAUUGGACUUCCUUUGGCAACUACUACUUUACUGAAGAAGCAAAUUCAAUAUCGGUAUUCUCAUGGAAUAGAAUAUUGGUGGACUUACAUGAGGGCUGAUGCUGAAGGUUUAGAUGAGAUCCGCUGUCUAGCCGAGGCUGGAAAGCUGAAAAUCCCAGUGGAGAAAACAUUUCCAAUUACAGAAGUGCGAGAAGCCCACGAGGCCAAGGAUAAGAGGUUAAUUCAAGGUAAAGUUGUGUUGGAUCUCAAUGAGCUCAAACCUCCAGUCCACGAACCGUUGCUGUAA